AAUAAUCUUUCCAUCUUUCCAGGGAGGUGGGGGGCACAGCCGUUGGAGCAGCUGCGAGAUCGGACAACCUGAUCAAACUUGGGAGCACGAAACUUCUCCGACAACGUUCACGACGGUCGUUUAGGACUAAUAGCUGUGUGUGUGCUUGCAUGCAAGGGGCUGGCUGAGCUGGACUUUUGCCUGACCAAAAACCAACCUCCUCUUUCUGCUCUAAAGAAAUCUGAAGCCAGCCUCGUCCUUGCUGAAUUUGGAGUCGGGGAGUUUUUAAUUGUUUACGGUGUAAGGAGGAGAAGAGACGGGUCUGUGCGUGUGUCAGAAUGGGGUGCAGACAACAUUUCUUGGUGGUCACCUUGUGCUUGACGCUUCUCCUAUCCCCACAAUGCUGCUGUGGGAAAAAGCGCUGGAGAAGAGCCUCACACCUGAAGCUGGCAGAGAAAUAUGAUGACUACGAGUACCCCCUUCAUUCCCAUGGAACGCCUUACCAGAAGAACGACCGCUGCCCCCCUCCACCGCAGACGCUGCCUGACCGAGCGUGCGAGGUGCCCAGCUGUCGCUCAGACUCCGAGUGUGAGAGACACAAGCGCUGCUGCUACAACGGGUGCAUCUAUGCUUGCCUGGAGUCGGUGCCCCCACCUCCAGUUUUGGAUUGGUUGGUUCAGCCCAAGCCACGCUGGCUGGGGGGAAAUGGCUGGCUUCUCGACGGACCAGAAGAAGUUUUACAAGCUGAAGCAUGCAGCACCACAGAAGAUGGAGACGAGCCUCUGCACUGCCCAACAGGAUAUGAAUGCCACAUCAUUAAUCCUGGCAAUGCUGCUGAGGGCAUUCCCAACAGGGGCCAGUGUAUCAAGCUUCGUGGGAACUCUGAUGGGUGGAAUCUAAGGCCUAAAUAUUACAAGGAAUAUUUUGGAGGCAGUUCCAAUAACGUGGUGGGCUAUGUCAAACAACAGCAGAAACACCUUGGUUAAUUCCGGCAAAGCCUUUGGGGGGAUUCUCCCAAUAAAUGGAGACACGGCGUGAAAAUGUGUGACGAUGCCUCUGCUUUCUGCUGCAACUCUCAGGUCUCCCCCACAAUCUAAGAUCCAGAACAAACAACAUGGCACCUUCGAGAUGUUGUUGCACUAAAGCUCCCAUCAAACCCCAGGUAGCGUGGUCAGUGGCCAAGGACCAUGGGAGUCGUAUUCCAACAACUUAUUGAGGGAACUGCAUUAGAUACCCCUGUCCUGAAUUCCUCGUGGUGCCAUAACAUUGUUAGACUCCAACUCCCAUCAGCCCUGCUGGCCAGCAUGGCCAAUAGUCAAGGAUGAUGGCAGCUGUAGUCCAAGUACAUCUGGAGGGUCCAUCGCUUUGGCUACCGCUGGCCCAGACCAGUGAUAAGACUCAGAUAGGAAACCAUGUCUUAGAGAGAAAUGCUGAAUAAACACAGACCUUAACUCCCAGUUACCUGGAUCACACUUUCACCUGUCACUUUGCAUUGCAUUCUUAAAAGUCACUGUAUUCUUCUCUGUUUUCUGAGCUUGACCCUUUGCUACCAUUCAUAUUUCGAUAAUAGAGUUUCUGACUGGCAGUAACGUCUUCUCAUUUGCACACACAAAAUAAAUGCAUCUUGUCCAGGGGAA